AUGUCCGCACGGCGGCCUACGCGUGAGUUUUGGGGGGGGGGGGGGGGGGGGGGUGGGGGGGGGUACGGGAAGGGGGGAAUGGGGGCCUGGGGAGUGGGGCUGUCGGGGGGAGGUUGGCAUGGGUGGUCGGGGAGGGGGGGAGGAGGGGGGUUAGGGGGGUUGUUCACGGUUUUGGGUGGUGACAGCGAGGCCGUACGUCUUCAGGGGCACGUGCUUACGCGGAGGUCGCGGUGUGCAAACGUGCGGAACGAGGAGGACCCCGUUCUGUGGGUGUAUCGCGAGGCUCUCGGUUCGGACAUGGAUGGGUUUGGCCGCUGUCUCGUGAAGGCUGGGGUGAACACCCCGGACAUAAAGAUCUACAAGUCUAUCCGGGAGCUGCGCAAGGUGAGUGGCUCAGCUGGAGAGGGGUGUAGAGUGGUUAGCAGGGGUCAAGGUGGAUAA